GAGGCAGAUCCCCAACACUACCGAAUCGACUCGGCCGAGGAGGAAGAGGUGUUGGGUCCAGAACAGCCCGGCGAUUCUUGCCAGGAGAGCCUGCGGAAUUCGAAGACGAGGGAGCCCUCGUCCCUGCAGAGCCUUUUCGAAAUCCAUUGGGACAACUUGGGCGCAGAGCUUCUUGAGAAA